GCGUUGAGCUGCGCGCUGCUUCGCUGUGCAAGCUAGUGGAUCUCCGCGCCCCGGAUGCGUCAUCAGGGAAGCGUCAUCCAUAUUGCCGCCGCGCCGCUGAACUCGAGGCAAGUCUAGUGAGUGAGUGGAGGGAGGGGAGUGUUCUCUUCGUUAGUUAUCCGGGCUUUAUACUGGAAAUACCACCUGUUCUGAGACAGACGACGGGGAAGGGUAUCUAUCUCUCUGAAGGAUUGUAAGGCUGAUUUUAUUUCGCUUGCUGCUGGGAGAAGAGAGGAUUCAAAAUGCCGAAACCGGUCAAUGUUCGCGUCACCUCUAUGGAUGCAGAGCUGGAGUUUGCCGUCCAGCCCAGCACUACAGGCAAACAGCUGUUCGACCAGGUGGUGAAGACCAUCGGGCUGCGGGAGGUGUGGUACUUUGGCCUGCAGUACAUGGACAGCAAGGGGUACCAAACCUGGCUCAAGCUGGAUAAGAAGGUGUCCUCUCAGGACGUGAAGAAGGAGAACCCUCUGCAGUUUAAAUUCCGGGGCAAGUUCUUCCCAGAGGACGUGGCUGAGGAGCUCAUCCAGGACAUCACACAGAAACUCUUCUUCAUGCAGGUGAAGGAUGGCAUCCUGAGUGACGAGAUCUACUGUCCCCCGGAGACGGCCGUGCUGCUGGCCUCCUACGCCGUGCAGGCCAAGUUUGGAGACUUCACCAAGGACGCACACAAACCCGGAUACCUCACCUCCGAUCGCCUGCUCCCGCAGCGGGUGUUGGAGCAGCACAAGCUUUCCCGGGAGCAGUGGGAGGAGAGGAUCCAGGUCUGGCAUGAGGAGCACAGAGGAAUGCUCAGAGAGGACGCCAUGUUGGAGUACCUGAAGAUCGCGCAGGACCUGGAGAUGUACGGCGUCAACUACUUCGACAUCAAGAACAAGAAAGGCACAGAGCUCUGGCUCGGCGUGGACGCCCUCGGCCUCAACAUCUACGAGAAGAGCGACAAACUGACGCCCAAGAUCGGGUUUCCAUGGAGUGAGAUCAGGAACAUCUCCUUCAACGAUAAGAAGUUUGUCAUCAAGCCCAUUGACAAGAAAGCCCCAGACUUUGUGUUCUACGCUCCGCGCCUGCGCAUCAACAAGCGCAUCCUGCAGCUGUGUAUGGGCAACCACGAGCUGUACAUGCGCCGCCGCAAGCCCGACACCAUCGAGGUGCAGCAGAUGAAGGCCCAGGCCCGCGAGGAGAAGCACCAGAAACAGCUCGACAGAGCCCAGCUGGAGAACGAGAAGAAGAAGAGAGAGAGCAUCGAGCGAGAGAAGGAGCAGAUGGAGAGGGAGAAGCAGGAGCUGAUGAUGAGGCUGUACGAGUUCGAGGAGAAGACCAAGAGGGCAGAGAAAGACCUGCAGGAGCAGAUGCAGAGGGCGAUGACUCUGGAGUCGGAGAGGCGGCGGGCGGAGGAGGAGGCGGCGCGGCUGGAGGCCGAUCGCCAGAGCGCCCUGCUGGCCAAGGAGGAGCUGGCCAGGCAGGCAGAGGACCAGAUGAAGAGCCAGGAGCAACUGGCGGCUGAGCUAGCUGAGCACACUGCGCGGAUUGCCCUGUUGGAGGAGGCCAAGAGACGCAAGGAAGAGGAGGCCGUCACAUGGCAGGAGAGGGCCCAGAACGCACAGGACGACCUGCUGAAGACGCGCGAGGAGCUUCACCUGGUGCUGACGGCUCCGCCCCCGCCCCCUCCCCCGCCCAUGAUGGAGCCCCUGGACGACGGGGAGGCGGAGCUGGACGGCGAGGAGAGCACCAGCACGCACAGCGCCGAGCUGGACGGCAUGGACGGCAUCAACGACCACCGCCUGGAGGAGGAGCGCCUGACCGAGGCCGAGAAGAAUGAGCGCGUGCAGAAACAGCUCAUGGCGCUGACCUCGGAGCUGGCGCAGGCUCGUGACGACACCAAGAAGACGCAGAACGACAUCCUGCACACGGAGAACGUGCGCGCGGGCCGAGACAAGUACAAGACGCUGCGGCAGAUCAGGCAGGGCAACACCAAGCAGCGCAUCGACGAGUUUGAGGCCUUAUAAAGCACCCCCCCCCCAAAAAAAAAACCACCCCCACCACCCCUUUAGCCCCCCU